CCCCCACCACGCCCAUGGCUGGACAACGCGACUUGAUGUCCAUCACGACGCAAUUUGCCUUGCAGAAUCCCUCGUCCCUCCAAUCGCCCCGAUUUCCCCCCCGCAGCCAUGUCCGAGUCCAGAUUGAGAGUCCCAGACAAAGUCAAGGAAGUCGCAAAAGAGGACUUUGACCAGUACAAGCAGCUGGCGUCAGACGCUGUCCGAUCGGCCGCUUAUCUCUAUCCUUUCAAGGGCAUCGCCUACUUCUUCACACAUCGAGCGCUAUGGAAACCUCUAGCUGCAAAGCUCCUCCCAACCGUCUCGCUCGGUCUGGGUGUCACUGUGAUGAUGUUUGCUGUCACCUAUGUUCCACAGGCUGCACUUCUCACCCUAUUCAACGGUCCUCUCGCCAUUGUCACCACUGUUCUGCUUGUUCUCAGCGAGUCGUCCACCAUAUUCUCUGUCUUGAGCAAGAACUUUCUCAUUGAUGAUGCCUUGAUUGACACCUUCGAUGGCACAAUGGUCUGCCGAAACCAAACUGCACUUGUAUCAAACGAGCGCCAGGUCAAGUCAGGAAGUGAUCCCAUUGGAAAGCUGGGCAAGCUGGUCAGCAAGCCAUUUGCAAGGUUCACGCCCAAGGCCAUCAUUCGCUACUUCAUGUACCUGCCUCUCAACUUCAUCCCCGUUGUUGGUACAUUGAUCUUUGUCAUGCUUCAAGGACGCAAGUUUGGUCCAACCGCACAUGCCAGGUACUUCCAGCUCAAGCAGAUGAAGAAGCAGGAGAAGGAGCGAUUCAUUGAGGAGCGCAAGGCUGCAUACACCAGCUUCGGCGUUCCUGCUGUCCUUCUCGAGCUCGUACCCGUUGUCGGCAUCUUCUUCUGCUUUACCAACACUGUCGGUGCUGCCCUCUGGGCUGCUGAUAUGGAACAGGGAGUACACCCCAGUGGAAGCAGUCAGGGAAGCACCACCGCUCCCAAGCUACGUCAGCAGGCUGAGAUUGCAAGGGAAAGGGAGUUGUGAGAGACAAACUAUGUCGCAGUAGUGUACUGGUAAUGAUGAUUAUGAUGAUCAACGGCGUUCGGAGGUUAUGUGCGCCAUGGAUCUGAUGGCCACUGCCAGUACCCUUAAUGGCCUCUGUAGGCGCAACGGACCUUGUGGGCUGGUUAUGAAUAUAUACAAAGGGGAAAAUACGGUUUAGCGGAGCCCAGCAUGUCUGGCGCUGUAGGUAGGAUGCCAACAUAAUUAUUAAUGUAAUCAAAUACGACAACACC